AUGACGGAAAGUGUUAUUUAUUCGGGAACAAGCGAACUAAUAAGUGCUGAUGAAGAUAAUACGGAAACUACACGGGCACAUUUGCUAUCGUUUGAACAACUACAGGCGCAACUAAAGGCGCAACAGGAAUUGUUUCAACAACAACGAGAACUUUUUAAUAAUGAUAAUGUACACACCAGUUCAAUCCCUACUCUAAAUCAUACAUGGAGCUUUACACAAGGACUUGUUGUUGGUCAAUUAAGCGUGAUUGUAGUGGUAGCGAUAUUCAUUAAAUUUUUUGUGUUUGCUGAUUCUUCAGCUACAACCACCACCACUAGUUCUUCCAAUAAAGAUAUAUCAGGCGUUAUUGUCAAAAGAAACAAAAAUGUAAGGGGUACACUGAAUGAAGAUAAAGAUCCAAAUAAUAAUAAAGAAGAUGACCUCAACCUGCCGAAUCUUUCGAAGAUCUCUACGAUAUUGGAAAAGACAUAUUAUGAUGUGGAGAAUCAUUCACCAGAAUCACUAGAUUGGUUUAACGUCCUUAUUGCACAAACUAUAUCUCAAUUAAGAACUGAAGCCUUGUUGUCAGACAAUAUUUAUCAUUCCUUAAAUGAAUUUUUAACAAACCUGGAUCUACCAGAUUAUAUGGAUAAGAUUAAAUUAACAGAAAUAGAUAUAGGUGAUGAUUUUCCAAUUUUUUCAAACUGUCGUAUAAAACAUAGUAAAGAUAGAUCUGGUAGACUUGAAGCGAAAAUUGAUGUUGAUUUAUCCGAUACAUUAACGUUGGGUAUUGAGACUAGACUCUUGUUGAAUCAUCCGAGACCUUUAACUGCUGUGUUACCCGUUCAAUUAUCAGUGUCCAUAGUUAGAUUUUCAGGAUGUUUAACUGUUGCUUUAAUAAAUACUAACGAUGAGGAGUUUUUAGAUCUACAAAACGUUACGACUCCGUCUCCUGGACCAUCUAAUGAACCGAAUUCUCAAAACCAAACUCAACAACCAACACCUGUGAAUAAUUCAAGCUCAAGAGCUAGCCAUGAUGUACCAUCCAGUUCUGAAACGAAACACUCUAAGGCCAAAAGGUCUCAAGAAGACACAGGAACGGCAUUGAUGUUCUCUUUCUCGCCGGAUUACAGACUUGAAUUUACUGUAAAAUCUUUGAUUGGAUCUAGAGCCAAGUUACAAGAUGUUCCAAAGAUAUCUUCAUUAAUCGAAAGUAAAUUGAGAAGUUGGUUUAUUGAAAGAUGUAUAGAGCCAAGAUUUCAGGUUGUUAAAGUUCCGUCAUUAUGGCCGAGAAGACAAAACACUAGAGAACCCGUUCAUUCGAAUGCGAACGGUAUUGUAGAUAAAACUGAAGAGGCGCUGAUAUGA